AUGUUAAAAGAUCUCAAUCCAAGGUACAGAUUCAAUAUUUAUUUAAAGUUGCGAAUACAAGCAUUGUAAAUCAUUUUUUUAAAUCAACUUUAUGACUAUGAAAUGGACAAAAUCAGUAUCACUUCCUGUUCCAAAUAGUAGUUACUCUAUUUCAGAUGAUGUUAGAUUCAUAAAUUAGAAGGGAAAUAUCAAACAAAAGACACUAGUCAAUAUUGAAAAUUAUUUGUUCUACAAAACAAAGAAGGUAAAAGAUGUGAUAUAAUAAAAUAAGGAUAAAUUAAAAUGGAUUGAUUUUGAGAAUGCAAUUAUUGAAUUAUUUCAUCAUUAACAAUUAGGUCAUGCAAUACGACUAAUUAAAUGUUUCGAUAUUGUUGAAAUAUUUUGUGAUUCUUAAUCCUGGUUCAAAUACCUUAAACGAUAUACUAUUUAAUCUGAUUUCAAUUCUAAUUACAUUUUAAGAAAAAGAAUUGGUAAAGGUUCAUUCUCUGAGGUACCAUUAAAUAUUAUUAUAUAUUGAUAGGUUUUUAAGGCAAAGAAUAAAAUUGAUGGAAAUGAAUAUGCAAUUAAGAUAUAUUAAAAAUCCAAUUUAUUUGAUGAAGUUGAUAGAGCUGCCAUAUUAAAAUAAAUAUCAGUUCUUAGAAGAAUGUAAUCAGAUUUUACUAUUAAAUUUUAUGAACUCUUUGAAAAUACUGAUCAAAUAUUAUUAGUUUAAGAAUUACUUAUUGGAGGAAAUUUAAUGGAUUAUAUUGUAAGAGAAAAUUUCUUUUCUGAAGAUCAAGCUGCAAAACUUAUCUUUCGAUUAGUUAAAGCAGUUAAUUAUAUUCAUUCUAAAAAUAUUAUACAUCGUGAUAUUAAACCAGAAAAUUUAGUUUUCAGAUUUUAAGAUAAUGUUGAAACUAUUUGUAUCAAAAAAUUCCAAUUAGCUGAUUUUUAUAAUCCUGAUGUUAACUAUCAUUAUAUAUGUUGUGGAACACCUGGAUUUAUUGCUCCUGAAAUAUUAUUAAAUUAAAAUUAUGAUUAAAAAGUUGAUGUAUUUAGUAUUGGUGUUACAUUAUAUAUUUUAAUGACUGGAUAAAUGCCAUUUGAAGGCAAUUUUGAAAAGAGAUUAGAAUAAAAUGUUGAAGGAUUAGUUGAUUUUAGUAUGAUUAAUUUAAGUAUUCUUGGAAUGAACUUUAUUAAAACUACUCUAUAACCUAAUCCAGAAGAGAGAUUAACAUCUCAUUAAUGUUUAAAUCAUAAAUGGUUUGUUUAAGAAUAACUAGCUAAAUAUAAUUAAAUUUCAUUAAAAAAACCAAUCUAAUUAUAAAAUCAAUUUAUUGUUAGGAGAAUGAAAUAAGCUAAAACCUUAACCUUCAGUCCUUCAUCUCCUAGAAGUUAAAUUUCUAUAUAAAGUCCUCGAAAUCAUAAUCUAUAAUAAGAAUAAAAAAAAUAACAUCCCAUUUUAGUUGGAAGUCACACUGAAAAACUAAUUGGACCUUAUUCUACUUCAAAAAGCAUUCAUUUUGAAUAAAUAUAAUCUUAACCAACUGAUGAUGAUGAUUAAAAUUAAGAUUUCAGUAAUUUAAAAUCAGCUAGAAAAAAAACUUAAUCAUUUGUUAUUAAAUCUACCUCAACAGCAAAGAAUUUUCCUAUUUUAAAAUCAAAAUUUAAAUGA